AUGUGGCAAGCGCUCCGCCAGGAAGCUUUUAACAGAGCCAUUGAGGCACGUAAACGAGCCGAGAAGGUCGCAGAAGCCGCUCGCGAGUUACUAGAGGAUGCGCGUGCAGCUCUCGAGGUCGCAGACGAGGAUGACACGGAAAGCCCGGAGGAAGCUUCCGUGUCGAAAGCAAUGAAGCAAGCAACUUCUCUGCAGAGUAGCGUAGUACUACCGCUUCGAGCGGGUGACGCCCUCACUCGAUCCAACAAGCCAGCGAAGAACCCCAUAAGGCCAGUGGAACUGCAAACAGAGACGUAUCCGCGGGAGCACCGAUCGCCAGCUACGACCACGGACGACGAGAACGGUUCGAGUCAAGCUGCUUCGAUCGUACCGGCUCUUGUCCAGCUUCCAAAGGCCGUAAGUGCGGAACCAGAAGGCGCAGGGUCCACGUUGCGGCGACCAAAACGUCGUGUCCUUGGUGCUCGACCUCUGGGCGCGUCGGCAGUGAAAAGCAGCGCUGACGAGGCACCGCUGGUCGCCGACCACGCAAGUCCGAACGCUGCGACAGCCGGAGCAAGUCUGGCAGAUGCACCGCCCAGUGACUUGCAGGCCACGAAGCGCGCAUCAGGUACACCUGUGAGUGAGCGGCAAGUGAGCCCACGAGCUGCAUUGAAGUCGUCCGUGGUAGCUGGGCAGGUAGCACAUCGUGCCUCACCGGAUGAUGCUUGGCAAGCGCCCUACAAUGAAACCGCAUGGCAAAGUCGAGGCCCUGAGGGCGACGCACAGGCCGCUAUCGACCACUCUAGUGGUUAUCGCACUGCUCCAGGCAAACAUCCCGAUGUGCAGCUCAAGUUGAAACCAGCUGAUGAGCAUGCUGUCUCGGAUAUGGAGAGGUUUAUGCCGCUCGAAUGCAAAGAGGCAGCUCAGCGAGCGCAAGGUUCAGCGGCGAUUCACGCACAUCUAUCUACUGUGCAGGGGCAAGCGCCUGGCAAUGUGUUCUAUUUCGAUUCAAAAGCACCACCUGUCUCAUCGGAAACUACACAUACAUUCGAGCAAGGAGGUUCUUCUGUGAAAAGCGUCAGCCCACAACAGACUGAAACCAAUACGAUUGCAAGGAGGCAGGCUCAGCUUGCGAACCGGCCGAUAUCGGAUGCCACCGCCAAGGGCGAUCCAGACCUGGCCCGCCAUGAUGAGACCCUGCAGGCGAGCAUGCCGACAACUGACUCGAUUACCAUGAUGGACAGCGAGCAAGUAUUCCAUACAGGUACUCACGCGGAUCCAAUUCGCUCUGCAAAGUCCAGUCGGGCACAUGGCGGAUCCGAUCAGCAUCCACCUGAACCUAGCGCCCCCGAAACUGGAGAAGCAUUGGCAAUAAAGAUUGCAGCAGCCGGAGCCGGCACACGAAAGAGCGCUACGCCGCCGGUGUCACCAGGAGCGGUGCUGGAUGAGCCGCCCUUAAUCCAUACUCCUUCGCCAUUGGCUGUUCAUGAGGCGCAAGCAGCGGUAUCGAAGGAGCCGCUCCUGACCCCAAGCACCUUACCAUCGACGGUACCUGAGGCGGCCGCAGCAUCUGAAGCGCAAGAAGCCCAGCUUGACACGGAGGGAUCGCGAGACAUUACUGCAGCGAUAGGAGAAUCUGCAUCCGUGAUGUCGACGGAAACCGCUGCAGGUCAUUCGGAAGGAUCCACCCGGGUAGCAGGGAGCUCGUCUCCGCGGGAUGCAAGGAUGCUGUCGAGCGCUUCGCCCAGCGAACCCGAGGCGCUGCGCGCUCCUGAAACCCGGUCGAUGACACCGCCAACGGCAGCGGCAGCAGCUCUAGACCCAGCGAUAGACAGGGCGUCAGCCGCAGUGGCUGCUGUGCGGCUUCCAGGCAUCGGAAGUGCCUCAGUUGCUGUUGAGUCGCCAGCUGCAGCAACGUCCUCGAACGCGCGCACCGUUGAUCUACAGGCUGGAUCGCUCGCCAGCGCUGAUGAGGAAUUGUCCUAUCUGCUUCCAGAGAGCAGUAUUCCGGUUGCUGGCCCGUUUUUUGGCAAUGAUAGCGGAUCGGAUCGUUUGGAGGACUCAACAAUGACCCGGGAGCAGGUGCCGCAGUCGCCGGGAGUCUCGUCACCACCGGGGCAAGGCUCAACGACGCCUUCGGCCCGCGUCCAAAGUCCAGUCUCUGGUGUUGCGUCCAUUGCAUCUGGCGGGAGCAGUUGUGAUCGCUUAGCAGCAGCUGAAGAUUCCACAGCAUGGAUCACCGAGCGUCGGCGAGCAGCGGAUGGAACACUGCAUUCCGUCCCUGGCUCUAGCAGACUCACUUUUGAGAGCGAGAUGGCUUUUCGGACUGCCGCCUACGUCGCAGAGACAAGCGCCGAGCACCUGCGCAGUGCUCCCGAAACGCAGCGGCCGCGUCUCGAAGCAGCCUCCACUGCAGCACAAUCCGACGAUCGGGCGAUAUCACCUCCAGCGGGUGCCUCCGAACAGCAUCUGUCCCGCGAGGAAAGCGUCGAGGCCGCAACACACACCAGUGAGCGAGUACAGGGCUCGGAUGUCGGCACUAGCCCGAGUGCUGGACACGAAAGCGAGCGCGUUAUCGGUCAUCAAGACGAAAUUGCAAGUAUCGCAGCGCGUUACGCAGCUGCUCAAAAAGAGGCUGAGCACUGGGCUGUGCGGUAUGAGGCACUCCACGCCGAGUACAUCCUCCUACAAACUGAAGUAGAGAAGCUUCGUGAACACUGCUUAGAACAGGAAUCCAAUACAGAGUCACUGGAGGAGGCGCUCGAACAAGCACUCGAACAGUUGCGCAUCGCCAAGGAGGAGCAGGAGGCGAGCCGCCGUGCGGAGACAUCUGCGUCCACCAAGAUGGUGGACCUGCAGCGGUCCAUGGCAUCCUUGGAGAAGCGUCUGCUUGAGUUUGAAGAACGGGAACGGCGACUUACGACGGCGCUCACGGCGAUGCAGCAGUCUCACGAGGCCGCCCUGGCACGCAAUCAAGAACAGCACCGCACGCAGCUCAGCGAAAUAGAGCGUCGUUUACUGCGGAGCGAGUUGGCUUUGCAGGAAAAAGAUACGGAGUUGUCUGCAUUGCGUGCGCGCCUCGAACAAACAGAGGCAGAGCUCGUGGCUGCCCGAGCGGAGAACGCGCAGCUGACCGACACAUUGGCCGAAUGCCGAGCGACACUCGAGGAGGCUCAGACUCGAGUUGCACGUCUCUCCCAGGAACGGAACUGGUGGAAGAUGCUGAUGCUGAGGCAACGAUACCGGCCUUUGAUUGAUCCUGUCCUCGGGGAUAGCUCCAGCGAGCACCCGGUCUAUUUCAAUGCCGAAAGCGGAAAACGCCUCGCUUUGGGCGAACAGGGAGACGGGAGCGUAGAUACGCAGCAGCAGCAGCAGCAGCAGCAAGAGCCCCUUGUUCCCGAGCUUUUGGAUGUCGAUCAGGUUAUUGAAAGCACAGCGGCUGACGAACCCGUUGACAGACCUUUUCUCCGCCAGCUGCUGCUGGUGUUUCUGCUGAGCGAGAAAGCAAACCAGCGUCGUGAAGCGCUGGACCUGCUCCUGCGAAUGCUCCAAUGUACGGAGGCGGAACGUUCGCAAGCCCUCGGACGCGUAUGGCCACGUUCGAACGCCGUAUCGCUCGGUCGCGAGUUUGUGCGUUUUCUGUUGCGCGAAACAGAACCCGAUCCUCAGCGUGACACCGACACUGGGAACCUGGAAACCGUACCUUCCAACCGGGCUGUCAGCGACGAUGGAAGCACAGCGCAGCGAUAA